GCAUCCAGUAUGAAAGGGUUCGUGUAUCUGCUGUUGGCUUUCGCCAUUACCACCAGUGCGAACGUAGUGCCGGAACAGGAGCAGAACAUCCGGGCACUGCUGGAAGAUGAGUACGAUCCGUUCCUACCCUUCAUCGCCGGUGGUACCAAUGCCGCCCUUGGACAGUUCCCUUCGGUCGUCGCCGUUGGCCUUCCGGCACCGCCCAACAAUGCCUUCUGUGGUGGUGUCAUCCUAAACGUGAACCAUGUGCUCACAUCGGCUCGCUGUGUCCUUCUUCCGCCACCCCAGAAUACACUCCUCUUCACCAACCAGGUCACCAUUCUGUCCGGUAGCUUGCAGCUCAACUUUGGUGCACCACGGAUCGGCGUCACCGCGAUCUACGUCCAUCCGCAGUACAAUCCGUUCACGUACGAGCACAAUCUGGCCGUACUGCGUACCAACGCGGACUUUUUCUUCCCCGUUGUCCCCGUGCCGGGUAUCGGUUUGGCCACGUUCUACGAGGAGAUUCCAUUCGAUGGGCAGGCGUGUCAGGUGGUGGGUUGGAACAAUGCAACCGCCUCACCGGUACAGCAGUUCAUCCCGGCUCCGAUCCUGAACCGUGAUACGUGCAACGGCCUGGCGGUGCAUACGGGGCGUGUCCGGGAGUCGAUGGUUUGUGCCGGUGCCACCGGUACGGGGCCCGGUGUUUGUGCGAGCAAUCUCGGAACGGGUUUGUUCUGUGAGGGACGGUUGGCCGGUAUUCUGACGACGGGGCUCGGUUGCGGGCAGGCCAACAAUCCGGGUGUGUACGCGCAGAUCCGCUGGUAUCUGCCGUGGAUUCGGGAUCAGUUCGCACGCCAGGACAUUCCGCUCGGUGGUAGCGUUCCGAUUCCGGCAAUGUAAUGACGACGAGUGUACGAGAGAUAACAGCAAAUA